CAUUUCACUGUUUAUACAGAGCCCUAACCAUAAGUGAGAACUCAUACGACUCAUUAUUCAUCGACAAUCAGAAGGUUCCGGAUCGUUGAGCAAAACUUGUUUAACAGAGAUACCAGCGCAAAGGAUUCUUUUCCGUAUUUGUGGCAGAUACUUGCUGAUCGUUAAAUGGUCGUAGCGGUAUCGCUUCCUUGCAUCCCUUUUGACGCUGCUGGAUAUCCAGAAAAUAAUGGCGAGCUCCAGCGGUAUGGACUACGAAUUUCGCAUUCAGACCGCCAGUGAGAGAGCCAAAGUAGAAGAUCUUUUUGAUUACGAGGGAUGCAAAGUGGGACGAGGAACCUAUGGCCAUGUAUACAAAGCCAAACGGAAAGAUAUGUAUGCAAGAGCAAGUGUAACAGAUGUUCUCGCCUUUUCCAGACAUAUUGUUGAAGCGGUUACCGGAUUCGGAACAGAAUCGGGCUAUGCUUUACACUUAUUUCUGUUACUGUACUACAGAGCGGACGAUCGGGAAUAUGCGCUGAAACUAAUCGAAGGAACAGGCAUCUCCAUGUCUGCCUGUCGCGAAAUCGCCCUUCUCCGGGAAUUGCGCCAUCCAAAUGUGAUUAAUCUACAAAAGGUCUUUCUUUCGCUGAACGAUCGCAAAGUAUGGUUGCUGUUCGAUUAUGCGGAACACGAUUUAUGGCAUAUUAUAAAAUUUCACCGAUCGGCCAAGGCAUCAAAGAAGACUGUCAAUAGCCCUAAAAGCAUGGUGAAGAGUCUGCUUUACCAAAUCCUUGAUGGCAUCCAUUAUCUGCAUCAAAACUGGGUUUUGCAUCGGGAUUUGAAACCGGCUAAUAUUCUGGUGAUGGGAGAAGGACCAGAACGCGGACGUGUAAAAAUCGCUGAUAUGGGAUUCGCUCGAUUAUUUAACUGCCCGCUGAAGCCACUGGCCGACUUGGAUCCUGUGGUUGUGACGUUCUGGUAUCGCGCUCCGGAACUGCUGCUAGGAGCGCGGCAUUAUACGAAAGCCAUAGAUAUUUGGGCUAUUGGAUGCAUUUUUGCGGAGCUGUUAACAAGUGAACCGAUCUUUCAUUGCCGCCAGGAAGAUAUUAAAACUAGCAACCCAUAUCAUCACGAUCAGUUGGAUAGAAUUUUUAAUGUGAUGGGCUUUCCUCAUGAAAAGGAUUGGGAAGAUAUUCGAAAAAUGCCAGAACACCCGAAACUGAUGACGGAUUUUAAGAGAGCCACGUAUGCGACCUGUUCUUUGACGAAAUACAUGGACAAACAUAAAAUCAAGUCUGACUCCAGAGCAUUUCAUUUGUUGUCAAAACUAUUGUUAAUGGACCCCGGAAAGAGGAUAACAUCGGAAAACUCUAUGCUUGAUCCAUACUUCCAGGAAGAUCCUCUGCCAACAAUCGAUGUCUUUGCUGGUUCUCCCAUUCCAUAUCCGAAGAGAGAUUUCAUUUCGGACGAGGAACAGGAAGGUGCUAAAGAAGAAACGAGCAAGAUGGAAGUCUCAGCUCCGGUAGAUGCACAGCAGCCGAAUAACGAGCAAAUUAGUGCAAUACAUUUACAAGCUCAUCAUCCGGCUGCCAAGAAGCCGCGACUAACUACAAUGCAGCAUGGAAACCUGCAUGAUAUUCAGCGUCAGGGAAACCAUGGUCAUCAGUUGUUGCUGGAAUCUCAAUCGAAUCCUCAGAUGACUUCGUCCACUUUCGGCCAGAUGGGAAUGUCUAAUCAGACUCACAACAUGUCGGGAAUGUAUAAUCAGCAACAACGCUUUUAGCUUUAUUAGUCAAGUACGCUUAGCUAGCUUUCUGAUGAUUCAUCUGUGAUGCUUUUUCUUUCAAACUGUGACGAGUGCAAGAUUUGCUUAAGUGCUUUCAUUGCUAGACAUUCAGGUGAUACUGUUGAUGAUUUUCGGCUAAGGAAACACAUUACGAGUCGCAUUGUUUAGAUUUACACUGAUUUAAACUUUGUGAUAAACUUCAGAACAUAAAUAAAAUAUGAAAGUAAACAGUCCU